AUGGUGCGCGUGCCCGGAUCUUCUGAGGCCUCUGGAUUUCACCGUGAGUCCACUGGCGAAGAUGUAAAGAUCAAGCAAGAACCUGGGAUUGAAGUGUCAGCGACAGAGGGAUCGACGCAGACACGCAGAAGCACAAGAUCCUCAGAUCAUCAGAGUGUUGGGAGAUGCUCUGACGAAAUGAAAAUGAAAGAGGAAGAUCGAGAGAUCGGUCUGGAAGAUAAACCUCAAUUCCCUCCUAGGGUCCUUCCGGAAGCUACCGCAGAUCGCUCUGGAAAGAGCGAUCUGCUGGAUGAAAAUCCAAAGGUAAAAACCAAAUUGGCGAAAGCUAAACCCUAUGCCUUAGUCGAUAGGUCGCCCGACCUCAAGCCGAGGAGCACAAUCGCGAGAUCGACCACAUCGGAACGGUCCACGACGAGAUCGAUGGGAUCAGACGUCAAAGAUCGCCAGAUCGGCCGAACCGUGCAACCGAAGAUCGGAGACAAAGCGAAUACUCCUGAAGACAAGAUCGGGACACCCUCGGGCUCGUUCCGGAACGCCUCGGAUGACUCCGAGAGCGAGUCAGAUGGAUCUAUCAGCAUUCGUCGGAUUUCUCUGGGACCAUGGGGUGGUACGUUUAUAAAGGACAAGAUCGGCCAAGCUAAGACCGACGCCUAUAAGGGACAAGCCAAGAGCAACAUGCCGCAGAGAUCGGCCGGUACCCACACUGGGAUGGAUGAUCAGGAAGAGGGCGAUUUGAGUCGGUACUUCAAUUCAGCCAUGAAGAAGUACGAGGCGGAUCAACGUACAGCUCAGCGAAUAGAUCGACAGCCAAGCCGCCACCCAGAUCGCCGUACUUUGCUCCAACCCUCACACUAA